AUGUCAUUAGAUUUCAUUGGGGAAAAUGGUCCUGAUGGUGAACCUGGUCUUGAUGGUAGACAAGGUCCAAAGGGUCCAUAUGGAGCAUAUGGUGAAUCGGGAAGUAUAGGCAAGAAAGGUGCCAAAGGUCUUCCUGGUUAUCCUGGUUACAUUCGAUCAAUUAUUCUCCCUGGAAGGUCCGACAACAAAGGACCUGGUCCUAAUGAUAACAGAAACAGGAUAGACAUAAUGCCACCUCAGCCUGGACCACCUGGAAAACCUGGAAAACCUGGAAUUCGGGGUACAGAUGGUAAAUAUGGACCAUUAGGACCUGAAGGCAUUGUUGGAAAUAAGGGAAGUCAAGGUGCUCCUGGUAAAAAUGGUCUACGUGGAAACGAUGGUUUGAGCGGAAAUCCUGGCGACCACGGCAAUCCUGGACGUCCUGGUACAGUUGGUAUGAAGGGAGCUAUUGGAAAAGAUGGAAAUCCUGGAAUUCGUGGCAGAAAGGGUCAUGCUGGAUGGAAAGGUGACGUUGGAUUUGUUGGUGAGAGAGGAGCUCAGGGAGAGAAAGGUACGGCUGGUGAAAACGGUGAUAAGGGCGAAGCUGGUACAGAGGGCCGUGACGGCGUUUCCGGUAGCAUGGGACCACGUGGUCAGUAUGGAAAAGCAGGAAAGAAAGGACCAGUGGGGAAAGAUGGAGUUAUCGGUCCUAAGGGUCGUAUGGGACAUCACGCUAGUCAUGGUAGACGGGGUCCUAUGGGUUCACGAGGACAGCCAGGUGGCUUAGGACUACGUGGAGACACUGGCAUACCCGGUGAACAUGGAAGGCGCGGUGACAUGGGGCCAAAUGGGCUACCGGGCUCAGCUGGGCAUGUGGGACCAAUCGGAAACCCGGGUUACAAAGGUUCAAUGGGUGACCCAGGCCUGUUUGGUGGUCAAGGAAAACUUGGUCCCAUGGGAAAUAUGGGCUCGGUUGGUUCUGAAGGUAGUCUAGGAAAUAGAGGGGAUAAAGGUGAAACGGGUGAAACUGGAAGUCGAGGGGAAAGAGGUGAUAAAGGUUCAACAGGAGAUCAAGGAUCAUUGGGUGUUCAAGGAAGCAAUGGUGGAGAAGGGACUCAGGGUCAAUAUGGAGAGCCUGGUGCUGACGGUAAUGAUGGUCUUCCUGGUAGAAAGGGUGAUGAUGGUGGUAAUGGUAUUCGUGGAGCUUCUGGUCAAAAGGGCUAUAAGGGCAAUGAUGGAUCGAUUGGCUUCAGUGGAAGCAGAGGAAAAAGGGGAAAGAAAGGACGACAGGGCUCUCCUGGAAAAUCUGGCUCAGUUGGAAAAGCUGGAGAACUUGGACAUAACGGAAAUAUCGGUGUACAUGGUCGACAAGGUGUUCCGGGACUGCAAGGCCCUCCAGGAAUCUUAGGUGUUAAUGGGCAAGCGGGAAAAGAUGGUAUUCAAGGGAAAAUUGGGAUUUCAGGGCCCGCAGGUCCACCGGGUAUAACUGGUAAAGAUGGGGAUCUUGGAGUGAUCGGUCCUCAAGGGUUUAUGGGACCACAAGGAGAGAGAGGUGAUCGGGGUAGUCGCGGUGUUCCAGGAGUAGUGGGAGACGACGGAGACUUGGGAAUGCCAGGAAAAGACGGUGCAGACGGGGAAGUGGGACUUGCUGGCGACAUAGGCGUUAGUGGUCCAGCUGGAGAAAAGGGUGAGAAAGGUACAGAAGGGGGAAUGGGAGAAGAUGGAGAAAUGGGUUCACCUGGUUUUCAAGGUUCAGCAGGUGGGCGAGGAAGCGUUGGAGAAAAGGGUACUUCUGGUCCCGUUGGUAUCAUAGGUAUUCAUGGAUCACGUGGAAGCAAGGGAAUGAUUGGAGCUACUGGUGUACUUGGUCAACGUGGGAGUAAGGGUGCAAUGGGUCUUCCUGGUAAAAAGGGUGCUCCUGGUGUAAAUGGUAGUCCUGGGAUGAAGGGCAUUGAUGGUCCAGAUGGUUCUGAUGGAGAUCCUGGGAAACGUGGGGGUAAAGGUCCCCUUGGAGAUACUGGAAAAACUGGAUCUUCAGGGCAAAAAGGAUAUCAGGGUGCUCGUGGUGAUCCAGGUUUACAAGGAUCUAUUGGAGAAAAUGGCAAUCCGGGUAUCAUAGGAAAACGUGGUCUUCAGGGUGAAAUUGGGCAAACUGGAGGAAAGGGAGAGACAGGAGACGAUGGAUUGCCAGGUCUUGCUGGACUGAGGGGUGCGGAUGGACCACCUGGCAACCGUGGUAACGCCGGUCAAAAUGGAGAAGAUGGCUUUGUGGGCUUUGCUGGUCCUCUGGGAGAUAAAGGUGAAGUUGGUGUACCUGGUAAGCGGGGUGAGCAAGGGUCGAUGGGAGAUCUUGGGAUUCGUGGAACUGAUGGUCGAAAGGGCUUUCCUGGGUCGCAAGGAUAUAUUGGCGAUCGUGGUUCUGCUGGUCCUAUGGGUGAGCGUGGUUCUCCUGGGGGUCAUGGAGAGGCUGGUGCUCAAGCUGGACCUGGUGCUCCUGGAGUUACUGGUCUUCCUGGUCUUCAUGGACAACCGGGAACAAGGGGUAAUAUUGGGUUCAGAGGACAGACAGGCCCUGUUGGACCUCAAGGUGCUAUGGGAGAAGUCGGUCAGACUGGAAAGAAUGGAAAUGAUGGCAAAUCCGGAGAACAGGGUUCUGAAGGCCCAAAAGGAAUACGUGGAGGACAGGGGCGAGUGGAAAACCUGGAAAACGUGGACUUUCUGGUAAUUCUGGAAACUUAGGAGCACCAGGAUCUCCAGGUGAACAAGGAGACAUUGGUCAACUUGGUAAACCAGGUGAAAAUGGCGUGAUUGGAUCUGUUGGGCGUCGAGGGAGAGAAGGACGACCUGGAGAAAACGGCUAUGAUGGUGUGUCAGGUCGUAAAGGCUUUAAAGGAGAUCCAGGAAUUGCCGGUGAUAAGGGUAGCAAAGGAGUUCUUGGGGAACCUGGUGGUGAAGGAUCUUCUGGACGUAGAG